AUGAACCUUCGACAACUAGUAGCCCGCAUUCAGGGGACCGCCACCCCCGUAACGGAAGCGUCGGUCCGGGCCGUCCUCGUCAAGGUAACGCCGGCCCCGACGACACUCUCCGAGCGCCGGGCCGUCCUGGGCGUCCUGAAGAAGUACGCCGAGAUUGACGUCUUCAAGAAGCUCCACGACCCCUCCCACUUCGUCUCCAUCACCUCCCAACCCCGCAUGGCCGACACCCUCAUCGCAAAGAGCCCGCUCGAGUUCGACUUGGCCGCCCGCCCCAACCGCACUCUCCCAACCCCGCUCAACUCCAUCGCCCGGCCCGACGCCAGCCCCCACAAGACCUUCCGCGUCAAAAUCACCGAACACUCCCACUACCCGCACAAGACGCGCAUCCGCGAGAACCCAACCUACGGCCGGUGGCUGGAACACCUCCAGCGGCUGCAGAUCAUUGAGCAGACUCGGGAGAGGAGGAGCAAGGCGCCGGAUCCGGCUCAGGACCAGGGCCAAGAUGAUGACGACGCAGACCUCGGCGCGCUCCUCCACGACCACUCCCUCCCGCGCGCCGCGCUGCGAGCGAUUGUGCCACAGGGUAUGGCGCAGGAAGGGCUGGCCGACUGGGAGAGUGCGAUGCAGCUGAGUGAGGGCGCUGAGCCGGCGACUUGGUUGAGGGUGCAGAGGGACUUUUACGGGGCGCGGCAGACUAAGAGGGCAAGGAACGCUGUUGUGUUUGAGAGUUUGGUUGAGGGGUAUGAGAGGGGGCAAAUGAGGGGCGGGCGGGAGGGAGAGGAUGAGAGGGGAUUAGGGGACUGA